AUGGCUUCGGGAGAGGAGGCUCUCAAGAUUGAUCGCGAAAAGACAACGCCCUUCCACCUGAAGCUAUUCUACCGCCAGAACUCCUUUCACUCACUGUCGGACUUCCCUAUCCUAUCUGCACCGUCUACAGGUGAGAAUGGAACAGUCGCAAACCCUCCGCUUCCUCCACAUCUACAGAUAUACACCUGGCAGUCGUGUUCUCUUCGCGAGCUGGCGCAUCUGCUCACAUCAACACUACCUGCGUUGCUCCCCGACCCUGCAGUAGGCACGCGAUUGAGCUUCCGGCUAGUUUACCCUGACACAAGGAGCCAGCCUAGCGGUCGACCGGGUGACAUGGGGGAUGGGCGCGGGAAAUACAUUAGCAAAGAUAUAGGAAGUGUCAUCAUAAGACCGAAAAAGGUUGAAGAUGCAGGUGAAGGAAUAACGCUUGAAGGUGAUGAGGCAGACAAGGUGCUGCAUGAUGUGCGGUUCGUGAUAGGGGACUACAUUGACUGUGCUAUAUUACCGCCCCUCGCUGACGGGUCUGUGGCUCCCCCGUUACCCUCUCGCGGACCGCCUACCUCUUCAGUGGGAGGAGGCAUGCGCGCAUUUGGAGGGGGCCCGUUCUCGCGGGACUCUACAUUAUCGCGGUCGAGAUAUGGGCCCGGGAGGACUGGAAUAAUGUCUGGGUCUAAUCAAGCCAGCGUCCCCAGCGGAGAGUGGAGGAGAGGAGAAAGGAUACCAGACGGCAGUGGACGCUCAUACGGUAGGGGAUUAAGAGAUGGGGGGCGGCCUUAUUAG